CUCUUAUCCAAACCAACUAGAUCGAUCAACUAAGUAAAAUGGUGAAAGAACAUCUUGAGCAAGGCAAAGAAUUUGCGGUCCAACUUCAAAGUCUACUUCAACAACCUCUUGCACAUCAUAAUAAAUCAGUCUCACCUCAUGACCUUAUACUUAAAAUCUUGACUUGUUUCACUAAGGCUCUCUCUAGCGUAACUGGUUCCAAAGAUUUUAGCAGCGAGUUUAGGUUGAAGGACAAGCAAAUCGUGAAGAAUCGACGAGGUUGCUAUGGGAGAAAAAGAAAAGCAUUAGAUUCAUGGACGAGAGAGACUACAAUAACGGAAGAUGGACAUGCAUGGAGGAAAUACGGACAGAAGGUUAUACUUAACUCAAAAUAUCCAAGGUGUUACUAUAGGUGCAGUCACAAGUAUGAUCAAGAGUGCUAUGCCACUAAACAAGUUGAGAGAAUUAAAGAGGAGGAGCCAAUUAUUUAUCGAACUACAUAUUUUGGACAUCACGUUUGUAAACGUCCACAAAUCAUGAUCACCACUUCACGAGAAGAGUCAAAAUUACAACAUAGUUGUGAUAAAUCUUGUGCACUAGAUUGGCAGGAUUUAAUUCCUGAUUUUUCUCUUGAAGGUGUGGUUUCAUCUUAUAAUGACUUGAAUGGUUUGGAUAUGGACAACGUAGGUGAAUUUGGUGAUUUUCACUUUGAGGCAUUAGAGUUUUCUUGA